AACUGAAAGUUUUUGUAUUCAGUAGAACUAAGUAAUUUUGAAGUUUUCUGUGUUUUAACGAUAAGUGCGAGAAACAUUACCGAAAUAAGAGCAGAAUUACAAAAAUGCAAAAGUAUUUACUGCUGAUAGUUCUGAUUUUACCUGUUGUAUGGAGUGUUCCGGUUCCUGCGGCACAGAGUGACAUUGCUUCGCAUAUUGUCAUCGUGACACCACAAGCCCAAGUACAUUUAGAACCAGCAAUCAAAUAUGAUACGUCAGCAUUCGUUCAUCAUCUCUCGCCUUUAGCUCGAAUCGCAAGUCCACAUGAGGAAACUAUUUUUUACGUUCCUUCAAAUUUUGCUGCACCAAUUAUUCCUAUUGACGCUGUAAAUGUAGGACGUGCCAGUGGUAACGAAAAGCCACAAAAACUUGAAACCAAGCAAUGGGAUCAGAUAUCCCAGCAAAUUCAGCAAGCUGUCCAGACUGGCUCAUCGCAGUUAGGUCCGCAGUUAAGCGAAGCAGCGACAGCAGCUUCCAGCGCAGCUGCAGCUGCAGGGCAGGGUUUAUUCCCUGCAUUAUUUCCACCUGGCGGCACUGCAACUACCACUACGACAGGAAAAGACGACAAACCUAAAAUCGCGUAUGAACUCCCUGCAAACACAGAAGCUUUGCUAACCCACAACGCUCGUAUAUUUGCAAUUACUCCGGCUGUUUCUCAUGUUGUCGAUUUCAUACACUCUCCCGUAUUGAUCAGCCCAAUUCCAGCCAUACGAGCUCGUAGCAUACAAGAAGAAGACAACCAGGCGCAACAGAUCACCACUUCAUUACUGGAAUCGAAACUUCCUGAAAAUUUACCUUUGACCAAGAGCAUUAAGGAUUUGGAAGGUGAACCUAAAAGCAAACCUUACUUGGAUAAUGCAAAUCCUAAUGCUAGCAGCAAAUUGUCACAAUCAGUGAAAGAAAAAAUCGAAGAAGAAGUUUUGCCAUCCCAACCAAUUAAACCUAUCAUUAAUACCAAGGAGAAAUAAAUUUUCUG